CGGAGCGCGGUAGAUUCUGCUUCAUUUCUUGUGAGGUGUUCGCGACGUUAAGAGGGUUGGUCCACGGACGGUUGGUUCCGUGCGUCAGAGCCAUCGCGCGUAAAUUGAUCACCGAAAGACGACGACGAUCGCAGACUGAUUAACUAGCGUCGCGUUCGAAGUGCACUAUAAGCUGUUGUUCGAGGAUUUUUCGAUUUUAAACACAUUUCGUUCCGAACAUGUAUCUGAGCAAUCUUCGCACGUUAUCAGCACACUCCAUCCGCGUUCAACACCAAUGCCGAACGCUGACCACAGUACCGAUCGCUCGGCCACAGGAUUCACCAGAGCUUCCCAAAAUACAAAAUGAGGCACCUCUUUAUAAGGGCAAAAGCUACGAGCAGAUUACUGCCAUGCGGAAACAGUUUCUGACGCCGAACGUAACUUCUUACUACAAAAAACCGUUACUCAUUCACAAAGGCAAAAUGCAGUGGCUGUACGAUCACGAGGGCAAACGCUACUUGGACAUGUUCGGCGGUAUCGUCACUGUUUCCGUGGGUCAUUGUCAUCCAAAAGUGAAUGCAGCUUUAGAGGAACAACUGCACACCCUGUGGCACACCACGAACAUCUAUAUGCACCCGAAGGUGCACGAAUAUGCGGAAAAGUUGGUGGCCAAAAUGCCGGGUGAUCUGAAGAACGUAUACUUCGUCAACUCGGGCUCCGAGGCCAACGACUUGGCGAUGAUGAUAGCAAGGCUGUACACGGGAAACACGGACAUUAUUAGCUUCCGUAACGCUUAUCACGGAGCGUCUCCGUACACCAUGGGACUGACGGCGCAUUCCACCUGGCGCUAUCCGCUGCCCGGCGUCAGCAACGGCAUUCAGCACGUGAUGAAUCCGGAUCCGUACUCUGGGCUUUGGGGCGGCAAACACUGCCGGGACUCACCCGUGCAAACAACGCGCGAUUGUGCCUGUCGCGAUCAAGACUGCAGCGCGUCGGACAUGUACUACGAGCAACUGGAACAGACAUUUAAAUACUCUCUGCCGCGCGGUAAAGUGGCCGCAAUGUUCGCAGAGUCCAUCCAAGGAGUUGGUGGGUCAGUGCAGUAUCCCAAGAGUUACCUUAAACGAGCUGCGGAACUAGUGAGGGCCAACGGAGGGCUGUUCGUUGCGGACGAGGUGCAGUCCGGGUUCGGAAGAACAGGAGAUCACUUUUGGGGUUUCCAGGGGCAUGACGUACUGCCCGACAUUGUGACCAUGGCGAAAGGAAUCGGCAACGGGUUCCCCAUCGGUGCUGUCGUUACGUCCCGCAAGAUUGCCGAGGUACUCACGCAAGCCCUGCACUUCAAUACAUUCGGUGGCAAUCCGCUAGCAAGCGCCGUCGGAAUGGCGGUCCUCGAUGUCAUCGACGAGGAAGCCCUGCAGAAGAACUCGCUGGAAGUGGGAACGUACAUGUUGAAAGGAUUGGAGCGUUUGCGAGAUAAACACGAUAUUAUUGGCGAUGUGCGUGGAAAGGGGCUGAUGAUCGGCGUGGAACUGGUGGCCGAUAAGAACACGAGACAACAUUUAAGCGCUCCGCACUUCGUGGACAUCUGGGAAAUGUGCAAAGACAUGGGUGUCCUCUUUGGGCGCGGCGGUCUGAAUGCCAAUGUUCUUCGUAUUAAGCCCCCGAUGUGCAUUGGCACGACGGAUGCUGACUACGCACUGGCCGUGGUCGAUUACUGUUGCGAGCAGCACAUGAAGAAACGCAAACGCGGCUGCAGACGAUGAAUGGGCCGUGCAAUCGCAAUUGUGAUAAGCUUUAAGAUUAAUCCGACUGUGAUUUUCAUGGAUUGCGCAUUAUCGUUUCGCAUUAACUAGCCAUUCUUUUCGAAGUAUUUCUCACCAGACUGUAAGCAUUCCCCGAACGGCAUUUACAUUUCUUUUUGCAUUUACAUGAUGAAUGGAACGAAAUUGUCGCAGCAUAAACAUGUCUUCCUUUCAAGGGUAUACAGCGUUUGUAGAGUGCAACAAAUAUUCUAGAGGUAGUGUGAAAUUUAGCACGAAACCUCUGCAUUUAAAUAAAAAAAAAACGGGUCACAUAAUAAAACGAGUUUU